AUGAUGAAUCCCAUUGUUGAGCAUUUGGAGGUGUACCCCAUUGUGAAACAUUUGAUGAUGAACCCCAUUGCUGAGCAUUUGGAUGUGUACCAUAUUGUGGAACAUUUGACGAUGAACCCCAUUCUUGAGCAUUUGGAGGUGUACCCCAUUGUGGCACAUUUGAUGAUGAACCCCAUUUCUGAGAAUUUAGUGGUGUACUUCAUUGUGGAACAUUUGAUGAUGAAGUCCACUGCGGAGCAUUUGGAGGUAUACCUCCACUGCUGA